GCGCCGCUGUGUGGUCAACAGCGGCGCACACACUCAUUGCACACGGAGGACCCGCCAAACACACACAGACACACAUUGAGUAGACACAUGACAGGCCUACUGGCCGUUGUUGUUAACUUACCCUAUCGCAGCUAUAAUCAUGUUUGUUGCCCGUAGUAUUGCAGCAGAUCAUAAAGAUCUCAUUCACGAUGUGUCGUAUGAUUUUCACGGCCGGAGAAUGGCAACCUGCUCCAGUGACCAAAGUGUGAAGGUUUGGGACAAAAGUGAGAAUGGAGAGUGGCACUGCACAGCCAGCUGGAAGACACAUAGUGGAUCAGUGUGGAGAGUGACCUGGGCUCAUCCAGAAUUUGGGCAGGUUUUAGCUUCAUGUUCCUUUGACAGAACAGCUGCUGUGUGGGAGGAGAUUGUUGGAGAGUCAAAUGACAAACAGAGAGGAUUGAGCCACUGGAUCAAACGAACCACACUAGUGGACAGUAGAACUUCAGUGACAGAUGUGAAGUUUGCCCCUAAACACAUGGGCCUAAUGUUGACCACCUGCUCUGCGGAUGGAGUGGUGAGGAUCUACGAGGCUCCUGACGUAAUGAACCUGAGUCAGUGGUCCCUGCAGCAUGAGAUCUCCUGCAAGCUCAGCUGCAGCUGCAUCUCUUGGAAUCCCUCCAGCUCUCGUGCCCACCCACCAAUGUUUGCAGUGGGGAGUGACGACAGCAACGUAACGUACGGUGGGAAAGUCCAGAUCUAUGAGUACAAUGAAAACACAAGGAAAUAUGCUAAAGCAGAGACCUUGAUGACCGUCACAGAUGCCGUGCAUGACAUUGCAUUUGCUCCAAACCUGGGAAGAUCAUUCCACGUCCUCGCCAUCGCAACGAAAGACGUCAGAAUCUUUAAGCUUGUUCCUAUGAGAAAGGAGAGCACAUCUACAGGACCCACCAAGUUUGAGGUGCAGAUUGUGGCUCAGUUUGACAACCAUAACUCUCAGGUGUGGCGUGUGAGCUGGAACAUCACCAGCACCCUGCUGGCCUCAUCUGGGGAUGAUGGCUGUGUGCGCCUCUGGAAAGCUAACUACAUGGACAACUGGAAGUGCACAGGCAUCCUGAAGGGAGACGGCAGCCCACUGACCGGUUCAUCUGGUCAGCCUACAGCCAUGAGCACGGUGGUGGGCUCCUCCCUUCAGACCUCCCAGAAUGCCCUGAAUGGGAUGUCUGCAGGAAGGUAUUUCUUUCCGCCUCUGGAUCUUCCCAGAGCGGGGAGCAGAUAUGGUCACCUGCUGCCUCCCUCCUCCCUCAUAGAUUACUGUGAUGCUGAGCCCGUUCAGCCUCAGCAACAAGCUCAACCCUACAGAUACUUCUCUAGAGCACUUGUGCCCUUACCUGAGGCUGAAGGGCAGUAGUUGUUGGGUAUUUUAGCUGAAAUAAGCAGGGAUAGAGUAUGAGGAUGGGCUACACAGCUGCCAUUAAUUUCUAAUAAAGAACUGUAUUUUUUCCUCUGUUUUCUGUUUUGUUCAUUUUUUUUCUGUGCAUAAAUUAUAAAAGGUUUUGGAAGCUGUCAUGAAGACUUUGUAAAAUUUGUAUUAUAUAGCCAGAACAGCCUUUUUAGAUGCGCAAUUUAUAAAGGGAUUUUGAUAACCAUUUUCUAAGAACAUUUCCCAUAUUUAGCUUUGUGUACCAGUGGUUUUUAAUUUCAAGGAAUGUACAAUGAAAAGCACAUUUCAUGUAGUCAUUUGCUUGUUGGGGUCAUGUCAUGCAGUCAAUGUUAGCUGGUCAGUCAGUAAAAAAAAUGGUGAUACAAUGUAGUUUUCUGUUGCACACUGACAACCUGAACCAUCAGCACCUGAAAAGGAAAUGUUUGUAAUUACUCAGCGUUUAUUGAGGAACAAAACUGGACAUGGUGGAAGUCAGAAUAAACACCACAGGAUAUUAAAAGAA